AUGAAAAUCAACCAGUUUGGUGAUAUGACACAAGAAGAAUUCAAGAACAAUGGAGUUGGGUGUGGCUUUUAUAAUUUUAAAUUAGGUCGAAAAGCUGUCGAGGAAACUCGCAAUAUCUACGAUACAUUUGGCCAAGGAACCACUAACCAACAUAUGGGACAAUGGUGGUUCAAGAAAUUCCGCAGCGGUGACGAGAGCCUUGAAGAUGAAGAGCGCAGUGGUCGGCCUCAAGAUAACUACGACGAAUUAAAGGCUCUGGUGGAAGCAAGCCCGCGCACAAUUGUUCCUGAGCUUGCGGAGGAGCUUGAUGUGGACACUCUUAAAUAUGCUUUGGUUACUCCAGUCCUCAAAACAGGCAAUAAUUCUCUGGUUGACAACUACAGGCAAAUUAGCGUUUUAAACUCUCUUUUGAAAAUAUUUGAGAAUAUCUUGUAUCAAGAUAUUUUGAGCUAUCUUAUGCAUAGGUUCUCUCUGCAGCAGCAUGGUUUUCUGCCCGAUGUCUCAACUGUUACCAACCUCAGUAUCUUGACUGAGGCAGCUGCCGGGGCAAUUGACAACAAAGAACAGUUGGAUGUUGUUUUGACGGAUUGUGCGAAAGCCUUUUAUCGGGUUGAUCAUGGUCUGUUGGUGAACAAGUUGGUCUUCAAAUAUAUGAGUUGGAUGGACAUGAGGCAAAUUCGCACGAUUUUCUUAUUCCAGUUCAAAUUAGGUCGAAAAGCUGCCGAGGAAACUCGCGAUAUCAACGAUGCAUUUGGUCAAGGAACCACUAACGGAUGUACGGCACAACGGUGGUUCAAGAAAUUCCGCAGCGGUGACGAGAGCCUUGAAGAUGAAGAGCGCAGUGGUCGACCUCAUGAUGUCAACUACGACGAAUUAAAAGCCCUGGUGGUAGCAAGCGCUCGCGCACAAUUGUUCGUGAGCUUGCGGAGGAGCUUGAUGUUGAUCCAAAAGAACGAGAAUGACAAAAUGGCAUUCAAGAAAUCUAUACUGAACUUCCACACGGUGCAACAUUAA